CGAGUUUGUCAUUGUCAUGUGUACAAAUCUACAAAUUCCUGAAAGAUUUUUGAUUUUCCAAAAAGUUUGAUUAUACUAUUUAAUAAUUAGAAAAAUUGCACAAAGAAGAAAAAUGUCAGAAAUUUCAGCUCAGCCCAGGAGGGGCAUGCAAGAAAUUGACCUAACUCAACUCAGCUUACAACAAAUUAUCGGUUUAAAACAACAGUUGGAAGGCGUGAGUAAACCUAAUUCCCUUGUUUUAUUUCGUUUUCUGACCAUAAAAUAUGAUUCUAUCCCAACAAAAUAUUCCAGACUGCAAAUACAUAUUUUGGAGUUGCAACUAAUGCAAGAAUCAAUGGCAUCUUUAAAAGUUGCUCAAUUGAGAUACCAAGGUUCAGGUGAUAUCAUGGAGAAAAUUACACCAGAAACUGAAGGGCAAGAAAUUUUAGUUCCACUUACGGCAUCUGUAUCCUUUUAAACAACAAAGAUUAGAAUGCUUACAAGAGCCCAUGGUUAUAUUGUUCUCUAAAGGACAUUGCUGGAGCAAAAGAUUACUUCCAGCGCAAAGUGAAGUUUGUCACAGAGCAGAUGGAAAAAGUUCAGGCCAUUUUAAUUGAAAAGAAAAAAAUCAGUGACGCAAUCAUGGAUGUGACAGAGAUGAAAAUAGCCCAACAACAGCAGGCACUACAAAGUCAAGCUUCAUAAUCAGGGAAAGUGUGAAGUAUCUGAAUACUAUUUAUAUUUACCUUUAAUUAAAUAUAAAACUAUUAUGUCUAUUAUUCUCUUAUA